UUGAAAUUUGUAUUAAAAUAAAAAAUAAAAUAAAAAAUUUAAGUUUACCGCCACUAAAAUUCUUCCCGCUGCCUCAAAUAUUUGAUCAUCCUGCACAUAUCCCUAAAAUUGCCCAUAUCCCUAAAAUCGUGGAGCCUCUACACGCUACUCUUCUACUACCUCCAGCGAUGAAACCAAUAAACCUAUCAGAUCGAAAACUUCACGCCUUCUCUUCCAUCGCCCAUCACUCUCUCUCUCGCGUGUGCCUCCAUUCCAGAUCUGCUCGGAAACAAAAAUUGAAAGAAGUUUGGCAGUUGGGCAAUAGUACAAGAGGCUUGUUUCGAUUGUAUGAUUGGUCUUGUUUAGGAUUUGAGUCAUGACAAAGAAAGGAAAAGGAUAGAAAAGGGCAGCAAGCACUUUACAUCUCAAGUCUUCCACACGUUCACAGUCUGAAGACAUUCCCAAUGAAUCAACACAUGGUGACGAAGAGGUGGAAGGGCUGGAAACUGAGACUACCAAGAGGAAAGGUAGAGGCCCUGCCAAAGGAGAAAAAGGCUACGGCGUGAAUGCAGAGAUUUAUGGAAAGAGGAUUAUAACUCCCCAAGCUUUGCGAAGUAUUUGGCCCCUCUUCAAGUCAGAGCUGCAAGGCCCAUACAUAACAUGGGCACAAUAUCCGCAAGAUCAAUUGGAUAAGUUGUUUGAACUAUGGAAGAAUAAAAAUUUCAAAUUUGAUUGCUCCGAGGAAGAACUGAAAGAUGUAUUCACGGAACAUAUCAAGACUCGUUAUAGUGACUGGAUGAGUGAAAUUCGGAAUAGUGUUUUCCGCAAACACAAGACUGCUGCAGCUCGAUAUGCCAACACUCCGUCGUAUUUGAAGCCAGAAAUAUGGACACCAAUUGUUGAUGAAUGGCUAAAAGAAACGUGGCAGGAGAAGAGUGAGAGGAAUGCAAUUAAUCGUGACAAAUCAACUAUGGUGCAUACAACGGGUUCAGUUCCAAUGGCGAAGUACAUAAAAGAGGAGAUUGAUAAGACUGGAGUUGAACCGAGUCCAAUAGAGAUGUUUAGAAGGUUUCAUAUUUCUAAGCCUAAAGAUGGAAAACCGGAACAUUGGCAGAGUGAGAAGGCAAAGGAUCUUUAUGAAUGUAUGGAAUUGCAAAAACGUAUAGAGGAGACUUUGGGUGGUGAUGGCGAAGACGAAUUGGAUGAUUGGGACAUAUACAAGGAGGUAGUUGGUGGGUCUAAACAUGGCAAAAUUCGUGGCUUAGGUGACGGAAUGGAACCACCGGAAGAUGUGUGCGGUUCGAGUAGCAGACAAACUUGCAAUAAGCGCGUGUGUUUGGAACGUGACAAAGAGUUUGGACAAUUGGAACAACAAGUUCAUACUCUUACGGAUAUGGUGGCUGAUUUGAAACAAGUCCUUCAAGCUUUCAUGGCAAAUAGUUCAAGUCAUUCUCAAUUUGUGAGAGAAUCACCGUUUUCAGAUAAAACUUCAGGCUUCCCAGGGGCUUCAUCUGCUCAGCCUGCUUCUACUAAUGGAGAUUCUGAAACACAUGCACCUUGAUCCCUACUACUAGCUACUACUUAUAAGGUCCUGGAAGAAACUUUUAUUUGUUUUUAGUUUGGUAUUGCUCUCGUACUAUUUCUAUUGUAAUGGAUGAUGCUAUUUUUCCUAUGUAUUAAGACUAUGCAGUUUGAAUUCAAUAAAUUACUCAAAUCUUCACUAU